CAGCCCCGUGAUAUUUUACCCCUGUCCUUGAUUUUCAGCCUAUUCCAGCUCUCUGACUCGUCAUAAUGCAGUUCCGCUAUUCCACCGGUACCAACGAACCGACCGACUUUCCCUGGGAGGCUGCCAUCCCAGUGUCCCCCUUUUGGGACUCGUUUUCCUUCAAAGAUGCCGCUGCUAUCAUCAAGACCAUCCCGCUCGAGGAGCUCGAGAAAUAUGACCUCGAUGCACGGUACGGAUCCGCGACCCAAACCGAGAAGAUAGCCGUGACGCUCGAUAUCCUGCGGGAAAAGCUUCAGCACGAGGAGUCCAAAUACACACCCCCUGCUGAGUUUUACACGGCAGAUCACGAUGCUUGGAGUGAUAUCUGGCUAUCAAUUGCCUACAUCAGUAUGAAGCUGGAUAGAAUGGAUGAAGCGGAAGAGGUGUACCGAAUGCUGGUCACCAAACGACUCGAUCCGAAUGACUUGGUGCCGGCCAAUAACCUUUGUGCCUUUUUGGUCAAAAACACCAGUAAGUAUGAAGAGGUCAAGACAUUGUCUGCACCGUGCAUGGAAUGGCUGGACAAGAAACUGGGCAGGGCUUCGCCCCAGGCAAUCGGCGUGCGCAAGAACAUUGCGGAGGCAGAGUGGAAACAAGGCAAUCGCGAGCGCGCUCAGGAGAUGAUUGCUGAGAUCUUUGAAUGUAUUGACGAGUUGAAGGGGAGCAGGUUUGCUGUGUAUGAGGAUGAUGAGAGAGAGUAUGCCCAAGGAUGGGAGGAGGACCUGAAGAAGUGGCAGGGUUAA